AUGUGGACGAUACUCUUCCCUCACACCGACACCAGCCAGAAUCUCCGGAUUAGCAAGAAUGCAAUCCGUCUCUGCACCACGCCGACGAGAUCCCCUCCAGAGCUCGAAGGAGAUUUUGCGACACUCAAGAGCUUGAACCAGCCUCCCAACGUCGAGAGUUAUCUACCGGUUGAGAUUGUCCAGUCAUCUACUGCCGCUGGUAGUAUUCUUGCCCAUCGGACAAGCCAAGACACAGACCCAACACCCGUGCAUGACGCUCAACCGGACGACAAAUGCCAGAAUGCCACAGUAGACCAAUGGAAUAUUGAAUUCCCAUCAGUGAGCCUCAUGGCAGAGUGCCAAAGACCUGCCCAGGUACCUUGGAACCAGAAUGGCCUUUUAUCUCCAUCGUCCUACAUCGCAUACUCAUACUUCCCGUUCAUCACGCUCGGUAAUCUCUCCUCGGUUCCCGCCCAAGACUUCCAAUUCCUCGAGCUACAGGGCUGCUUAUAUGUCCCGAGUCGUCCUAUUCUCGAUAAAUUUACUCGCCAGUAUUUUCUCCACAUGCAUCCCCUGCUUCCUGCACUCAACGAGGGAGACUUUUGGGACAUGUACUUUCAGCAUUCAAAUCCACGCGCGCCUGGAAGAAAAAUAUCGCUGCUUGUAUUUCAGGCCAUGCUCUUCUUAUGCUGUAAUUUUGUUCCCGAAACAAUGCUCAGCACUCUUGGGCUACAUACAACACAGAAGGCAUGCGCUAUCUUUUAUCGUCGUGCAACGCUACUCUUGGACCUCGAUACCGAGUCCUCGCCCAUAGCCAAUGUUCCAUGGCUGUCCAUCGCAAUUCAGUACACCAAGGAUGCUGAAGCCCACUAUUACAAGACCUUUGACAUCGACUCGGAUGAAUAUUUUGUCCUCAAAAGGCUCUGGUGGUGCUGCAUUAUUCGCGACCGCAUCUUCGGCCUGGGAAUGCGCCGUGGUAUACAGAUCACGGGUGACCAGUUUGACUUCGUUGGUAACCCUAGGCUUUGCAAUACCGACCUCGCGGACGAGAUACAUUGGAGCACAGUGCAUAGUCCUGAAACCAAUAUCUAUUUGGCCGACAUCCUCGACUUGUUAGUCGAGCUGCGCGUCGUGCUCACCGACAUACUAGAUCUUGCCUUUCCAAUCGAGGAAAGUCUAAGCCGAGGUGCAGCACUUGUCAAAGACCGGGGCCGGAUCCGCAGCUGCCAGGUUGCCCUUCACAAGGGGCACAGGCACGCUAGCUUGCGGCUUCCAAAGUUCAGCACGUCGCUUGCGCUUCCAGAAGAGCCUGUGUAUCACGACACUGUGAUUCUCUAUACGAACUUAUUGCGCAUGUACUACUACUCGUCCAAAGUGGUUCUCAGCCACCACGAAAUAUUGCAACUAGCUGCCGGGUCCAUGUCAUGCCAUGCCAGCUCGUCGGAUAUUUUCAUCCUCAAAGAUAACCGCUCCGAGCUUCAAGACGCCGUUUUGGGCACCACAGGGUGUCUAGAAAAGCUAACCCGCCUCCAGCUUGCACGCUAG